AAAAUUGGAAACUAGAGCAAAGAGAGAAACUAGGAGCCAGAGACAUGAGUAAGAACUGGGGGUGAAAUGAGUCUGAACAGGCAGUCCACAGAACUGGAGGGGAAAUGAGGUUCUGAGAAGACAGUCCAGGGUUUAAGGAAGGAGUAGACAGUGAUUAAUGAGAGGCUUUUCUGUUGGCUGGAGAAGGAAGUCAGAAUAGAGGCAUUGUGGAGUAGGUUUGUUUAGAACAGAAAUCAAAGACCAACUUUUCUGAGAGAUGGAAAGAACAUCUACAGAUGAAAUGCGGUUUCUGCAGCUUUCAUUGCUAGUGAUUCUCCUCCCAGGUUGUGACAAUAAAGAUGGCUUCCAGGAGCCGAUCUCCUUCGAAAUCAUCCGGAUCCAUACCUUUUACAGCCGUUCCUGGGUACAAACUCUGGGCUCAAUUUGGGUGGAUGAGUUGCAGACUCAUAAGUGGGACAGCAACUCAGGCAAUUACAUUUUCCUGUGGCCAUGGUCCAAGGCCAACUUCAGCAAUGAGGAGUGGAUAGAACAAGAAAAGUUAUGCUCUACGUUCUCCAUUCAAUUAAUUCGGGCAUUUCAGAACCGUGCCAGUCAAUGGCAGCUUGAAUAUCCCUUUGAGGUACAGACAACAGCAGGUUAUGAGCUGCGCUUUGGGGAAACUUCAGUAGGCUUCAUACGGGUUGCUUAUCAAGGAUCAGAUUUCAUAAGCUUCCAGAACACUUCAUGGUUGCCAUCUCCACAGGGUGGAAGUAGGGCUCAGGAUGCCUGUAGACUAUUCAAUUUGAAUCAAGUCGGCCUAGAAAUAGCAGACAGGUUCCUCAGUGACACCUGCCCACGUCUCCUCCUGGGAAUUCUUGAUGCGGGGAAGGCAGAUCUCCAGCGACAAGUAAAGCCAGAGGCCUGGCUGUCCACAGGCCCCAGUUCCGGUCCUGGCCAUCUGACGCUUGUUUGUCAUGUCUCUGGCUUCCAUCCGAAGCCUAUUUGGGUGAUGUGGAUGCAGGGCGAGCAGGAGCAUCCUGGCACUCAGCGAAGUGACAUCUUGCCCAAUGCAGAUGGGACAUGGUAUCUUCGGAAGUCCUUGGAUGUGGAAGCCAUUGAGGCAGCUGGCCUGUCUUGUCGCGUGAGACACAGCAGUCUAGGAGGCCAGGACAUCAUCGUCUCCUGGGAAAAUGACAGCUCCAUGGGCUUGAUCUUCGCGGGAGUGAUAGUGUCCCUGGUCCUUCUGACAGGUCUGGCAUUUUGGCUUAGGAAACGCCGGAAACCCUGUGCAACUCCAAGAACUCCUCUCCCUUCACAAUGAGAUCCCAGCAGUACAGGGGCUCAGGAUUUAUCUAAACCAAACAUGAAGAUGACAUCCACUCAACUCUUCUUGUCCAAUAUUUUUUGUUGUUUAUUUCUGCUUGAUGAUCAGUUUUCAACAUAAGCUAAAUGUGAUUUUUCAGGAUUUGUUGUUCUGACCUGGGUUCCAGGACUUUAGAAGUCAAAAUUUAACUCUGAAUAGAAUGAGUUCCUAGCAACCCCCACAUAUUCAAAUAUUAAUAGUCAUCAGGUCCUUUUGAGAUGUCACUUCCUCCAGAGGGCCUACCCUGAUUUACAAGUGGAAGCAGUCUCUGCCUUGUCUGAACUCCCAGCACAUUUGAACUGUACUUUGCCAAAUCCACUUCUUGCUUCCUGCCCUUGAUUGCAGGUGUUUGGAUCCCUUUUCCCAUUAUAAGUUUAAGCUUUCAGAGGACAAAGUCCACAUCUUUUUAGUAUUUGUAUCCUUGGUCAAGUGUCUUACCUUAUGUAACAUGUUCACAAUAAAAAUCUGUGUUGAAUUUAUGCCAAA